AUGAACGGCCAUACUAUCCCUCCUCUUGACUUCCUGGUCAGCGAUGGCAUUGAGAAGUCCAGAACCCCCAAGCCCGGAAAGGCUGUGCAGGGAGCUUGCACCCCACCUGCUCCCCAAGACCAGGCAGUUAUGCUCACUGAGGCCAAGAGUAUUGGUGGGGUGUACGUGGAGACCUCUGGCAUGACCCUGCAUAUCUAUGCAGCCAUGCAGCAAGGCCUGCUGCCCCCAGGGCUCGGGCUGGCUUUGCUGGAGGCCCAGGCAGCAACUGGUGGCCUGGUGGACCCUGUGGAAGGCCGGCUGUUCUCUGUUGCUGAGGCCCUGUGCCAGGGGCUGGUGGGGCUGGAGUUGAAGGAGAAGCUGCUGGCUGCCGAGGGUGCUGUCACAGGGUACCCGGACCCCUACGGGGGUGACAGGCUGCCCCUCUUCCAGGCCAUCCGGAAGGAGGUUGUGGACAAGGUGCUGGGGAUGAGCUGGCUGGAGGUGCAGCUGGCCACUGGGGGCCUGGUGGACCCUGCCCAGGGUAUGCGCAUGGCCCCGGAGCCCGCUUGCCAGCUGGGCCUCCUGGACCAAGAGACGAGGCGCCACCUGGAACAGGAGGAGCCAGAACCAGAUAUUACACGCUUCUGUGACCCCAACACGCUGGAGCAGCUGUCAUAUCGACAACUGCUGGCCAGGUGCGUGCAGGCCUCCAGCACUGGUCUGGCCCUGCUGCCCCUCAGGACUACCUUCCGCUCCUUGGGCAGGGCUGUGAGCACAGCAGAACUGCUGGAGGCUGGCAUUCUGGACGGGGACACAGCUCGUGGCCUGCAAGAAGGCCGGCUGGCAGUGGCCGACGUGAGCGCCAGAGCUGACGUCCAGCGCUACCUUCAGGGCACUGAGAGCGUGGCUGGCGUGGUGCUGCUGCCCACGGGCCACAAGAAGAGCCUCUAUCAGGCAGCCACAGAGCACCUGCUCCCUGUGGGCAUGGCAGUGGCACUCUUGGAGGCCCAGGCUGCCACCCACACCCUGGUAGACCUGGUCACUGGCCAGCAGCUAUGGGUGGACGAGGCGAUCCGGGCAGGCCUCGUGGGGCCAGAGCUCUACGGGCAGCUGCUGGUGGCCGAGCAGGCAGUGACAGGCUUCCGUGACCCCUUUAGUGGCUCGCAUGUCACCCUGUUCCAGGCUAUGCAAAAGGGGCUGGUGGAUGAGCCGCUGGCCAUGCGACUUCUGGAUGUCCAAAUGACCACAGGGGGCCUGGUGUGCCCGGCCCGAAGGCUGCGGCUGCCCCUGGAUGUUGCUCUCCGCUCCGGAUUCCUGGACGAGGACACGCGGCAGCGUCUGUCAGAGACCACUGGCUUCUUGGACCCCAGCACCCAGGAGAGCCUCAGUUAUGGGCAGCUGCUAGCGCACUGCGUCACUGACCCUAAGACCGGCCUUGCUUUCCUGCCACUCACGGCGGGUGCCCAGGAGGAGGAGCCCCAGGGGCCUCUGUUCAUUACCCACAGAACCCGGCAGGCCCUGAGUGCAGCCAUGGCCACCAUACCAGUGGGCAAGCUCCAGGGCCGACCCGCGUCCGUGUGGCAGCUACUCUUUUCUGAUGCUGUCCCGGCGAAGACAAGGGCCUCGCUGGCUCAGCAGCACCAGGAGGGGACCCUAUCGGUGGAGGCGUUGGCCAGUCAGCUCCAAGCAGCCAUCAAACAGGCCACGACCGAGGCCAAGGUCUGCUUCAUGGGGCUGAGGGACACUGUGACCCCAGGAGAGCUGCUGGAGGCCACCAUCAUCGAUCGGGAGGUGUACGAGCAGCUGGAGCAUGGGCAGGCCACAGCCCGAGAAGUGGGCCAGCUGGAAGUGGUGCAGCGCUACCUGCAGGGCACUGGCUGCCUGGCCGGCCUGCUGCUGCCUGACUCCCGGGAGCGGCUCAGCAUCUAUGAGGCCCGCAGCAAGGGGCUGUUGAGGCCGGGUACCGCCCUGGUGCUGCUGGAGGCGCAGGCCGCCACGGGCUUCGUCAUCGACCCGGUGGCCAACAGGCGGCUGUCGGUGGAGGAGGCCGUGGCCGAGGGCGUGGUGGGCGGCGAGGUGCGGGAGAAGCUGCUGUCCGCCGAGCGCGCCGUCACCGGCUACACGGACCCCUACACGGGCGAGCAGAUCUCCCUGUUCCAGGCCAUGCAGAAGGACCUCAUCGUCAGGGACCACGGCCUGCGCCUGCUGGAGGCCCAGAUCGCCACGGGCGGCAUCAUCGACCCCGUGCACAGCCACCGCGUGCCUGUGGAGGUGGCCUACCAGCGCGGCUAUUUUGACAGGGUCCUGAACCUGGUCCUGUCCGACCCCGGCGACGACACCAAGGGCUUCUUCGACCCCAACACGCACGAGAACCUCACCUACCUGCAGCUGCUGGGGCGCUGUGUGGAGGACCCUGAGACGGGGCUGCGCCUCCUGCCGCUCAGCAGUUCGCGGCCCCAGCUGGUGGACAGUGCCACAAGGCGGGCCCUCCAGGGCCGAUUGCUGACUGUGCAGCACGGCCGGUUCCGGGGCCAGCGCAUAUGCCUGUGGGACUUGCUCAACUCCGAGUACGUGUGUGAGGGCCAGCGGCGGCAGCUGCUCCGGCAAUUCCAACAGCACAGGGUGACCCUGGAGCACAUCGCCUCCGUGUUGCAGGUGGCGUCCCGUCGAUGGGAAGACCUCUCGCUGCCCACCCUUCGUGGCCAGAUCCCCGCCCACGAGCUCCUGGAGGCUGGGGUCAUAGAUGAGACACUUCUGGACCGUGUGCUGUCAGGGGCCAUGAGCCCCAAGGCACUGCUGGAAGUGGACGCUGUACGCACAUGUCUGUUUGGCUCGGGGUCGCUGGGCGGUGUGCUGCUGCGGCCUUCCGGCCGCCGCCUCAGCCUCUACCAGGCCAUGCAGCAGAAGCUGCUGGGCCCAGGCUUGGGGCUGGCCCUGCUGGAGGCCCAGGCGGCCACCGGGGCCCUGCUGGACCCCCACAGCCAGGAGAUGCUAACAGUGGAUGAGGCUGUGCACAGGGGGCUGGUGGGGCCUGAGCUGUAUGCCCAGCUGCGGCUGGCUGAGGCUGCAGUCACCGGCUUCAGAGAUCCUUUCUCUGGGAAGACAGUGUCCAUAUUCCAGGCCAUGAAGAAGGGCCUGGUCCCUGCAGAGCAUGUGAUGCGUCUUCUGGAGGCCCAGGUGGCAACGGGAGGGGCCAUCGACCCUCGGGGCCACCACCACCUCCCCACGCCGGUGGCCAUCCAACGGGGCUGCAUUGACCAGGAGACACAGGCAGAGCUGAGUGGUGGCCCCCAGACCUUCCCCAGCCCCGAUGGCCAGGGUCUCACCAGCUACGCCCAGCUGCUGGAGCAGUGUCCCCGAGACCAGGCUUCUGGGCUGCCCCUCCUGUUGCUGCCAGACACCGGCCCUGCCCUGCCGAGCGACGAGCAGGUGGCAGAGGUGCUGCGGGCCGCACCAGGUGCUGAGGAUGGCAGGUCGCUGUGGGACGUGCUCAGCUCUCACCACUUUACCGAGGAGCAGCGCCGGGCCUUCAAGGAGCGCUUCCGUGAGGGACACUGCUCAGAGCCUCAGCUAAGGGAGGCCCUGCUGAGUUGGUUGCGAGGGGCAGAGCUGCGGGCACGUGCCCGGGUCUCCCUGCCAGGACCUCGGGGCCAAGUCCCUGCUGUGUGGCUGCUGGAUGUCGGCAUCAUCUCCCAGGACACGCUGGAGGCGCUGGUCGAGGGUCAGCAGUCCCCGGAGGAGGUGGCAAUGCAGCCCGAGGUAAAGGCCUGCCUGUGGGGGACGGGCUGUGUAGCUGGCGUGCUGCUACAGCCAUCAGGGGCCAAGGCCACUGUUGCCAGGGCCAUGCAGGACGAUCUCUUGCCUGUGGGCCUUGCGCAGAGGCUGCUGGAGGCCCAAGUGGCCUGCGGAGCCCUGGUCAACCCCAUGACCAACCAACGGCUGUCAGUGGAGGAAGCCGUCAAGUUUGGACUGGUGGCCGGGGAGCUGAGUGACCAGCUCCGACACAUCGAGAAGGUGGUGGCUGGCUUCCGGGACCCCUGCUCGGGCCGCAUCCUCUCACUGUGGCAGGCCAUGGAGCAGGGGCUUGUGUCCAGGGCCGAGGGCCUCCCCCUGCUGCAGGCUCAGCUGGCUACAGGGGGCGCAUUGGAGCCAGUCCACCAGGUGCACCUGCCGCUGCCCACCGCCUGCCAGCUUGGGCUCCUGGACGAGGCCACAGGGCAGGUGCUGAGCACAAGCAGUGAGGGUGUGCGUUUCUUCUUCGACCCCAGUGCCCAAGAGAAAGUGACCUACCAGGAACUCAGGGCGCGGUGCAUCCAGGAGGCACCCACCGGUCUGUGGCUGCUGCCAUUGCCUCAAGACAGGACACUAGAUGUGGAUGAGCACACGGCGGUGGCCCUACGAGCCAUGAAGGUGCUCGUGGGGGCAGGCCGGUUCGGAGGGCAGGCCGUGUCGCUGUGGGACCUGUUGCACUCCGAGUACGUGGACCCCCAGCAGCGUGGAGAGCUGGCAGCACUCUGCCGUUCAGGCCGGGCCACAGCACUGCACCAAGUGGUCCAGGCAGUCACUGCGCUGGUUAAAGUGGCGGAGACACAGCCCUCGCCGGCCCCCUUCCCAGGCCUCCGGAGACACGUGUCAGCCGCUGAGCUGUUCCGGUCCCAGCUGAUUGACAAGAGGACCCUGGAUGAGCUGAUCCAGGGGCAGAAGACUGUGCAGGAGGUGACCCAGAUGGCCAAUGUGCAGCACUUCCUGAAGGGGAGCAACUUCAUCGCUGGUGUGCGCGUCCAGGCCACCGGGGAGAUCAUGAGCAUCGCCGAGGCCCAGCACCGCCACCUCCUGCGGCCCGACACUGCCCUGGUGCUGCUGGAGGCGCAGGCCGCCACGGGCUUCAUCAUUGACCCCGUGAAGAACCAGAAGCUGACAGUGGAGCAGGCUUACUUGGCGGGGAUGUUCAGCAAAGAGACUUAUGAAAAGCUGCUGUCCGCCGAGCGUGCCGUCACCGGCUACACGGACCCCUACUCGGGCGAGCAGAUCUCCCUGUUCCAGGCCAUGCAGAAGGACCUCAUCGUCAGGGACCACGGCCUGCGCCUGCUGGAGGCCCAGAUCGCCACGGGCGGCAUCAUCGACCCCGUGCACAGCCACCGCGUGCCCGUGGAGGUGGCCUACCAGCGCGGCUACUUCGACGAGGACCUCAGCCGCGUGCUGGAGGACCCCAGCGACGACACCAAGGGCUUCUUCGACCCCAACACGCACGAGAACCUCACCUACCUGCAGCUGCUGGGGCGCUGUGUGGAGGACCCCGACACGGGGCUCUACCUCCUGCAGAUUGUAGGGAAAGUCGAAGCUUACAUAUACAUAGACGAGGCAACCAGGAGGCAACUGGAGUCACAGAACAUCAAGCUUCACGUGGGGAGGUUUGCAGGACAGGUAACCUCCCUGUGGGACAUGCUGUCUUCUCAGUACUUCACAGAGGACAGGCGGCGAGCACUCGUGCAGGAGUACAAGACCAAAAGGCUGUCCCUGGAGCAGCUACGAGAGAUGGUGGUGGCGACAGUAGAGGAGAUAGAGGAGCAGAGCAGAGCCGUGGAGGUGAUGGGCCCCCAGGGGCCAGUGACACUUGCUGAGCUGUUCAACUCGGGGCUGAUGGAAAAGAAAACACUGGACAUGCUGCAAAGGGAACGAGACAGCGAGCAGAGCCGCCGAGAACUGGCGAGGGUACGGCACUUCCUUGAGGGUCAUGGGUACAUCGCCGGAGUGACCAUACCUUCCACGCAAGAGAUCCUAGGUUUCUACGAGGCUAGCAGGAAGGGGCUGAUCUCCAUGGGGACUGCACUGCAGCUACUACAGGCACAGGCUGCCACGGGGUUCAUCCUGGACCCCAGAGGUCACCAGAAGCUCCCUGUGAGCAAGGCAGUAGCAGCCGGGUUGGUGGGCACGGAGCUACAAGACAAGCUCUUCUGGGCAGAGAAGGCCGCCAGUGGGCACACAGACCCGGCCUCCGGCGCCCGGCUGUCACUGUUCCAGGCUAUGCAACAGAAGCUGGUCCCCCCAGAGGAGGCACUGAGACUGCUGGAGGUGCAGGUGGCCACAGGUGGUGUCAUCGACCCUGUGCACGGCCAUCGUGUGCCUCUGAAAACAGCUUUCCAGCGAGGUCUCCUGAACCAGGACAUGUACCCACUAGUGAGUGACCAAACACUCAUGAGAAAACGAUUUGUGGACCCCAGGACACAGGCUGCGGUGACGUAUCAUCAGCUACAGAUGCAAUGCCGCACAGAUGCGGCCACAGGCUGGGCACUGCUGCCCGUGGGCCUCGGUGCAGAGGCCUAUGAGUACAUCGAUGAGGCCACUAGGCAAGCACUUGAGGAUGAAGGGGUGGACAUCACUGUGGGACGCUACCGGGGCCAGAGGUGGUCCGUGUGGCAGCUCCUGAACUCUGAGUACGUGACGGAGGAACAGAAGCAGGAUCUGGUGCAGAGGUACAAGCAGGACACAGCGCAUGCACUGCAGGAGGUGGUGCAGCUUAUCCUAAAGCUGGUGGAAGACAAGGAGCAAGCAGGGACCCAGUGGUGGUUCCAGGGAAUCCGGAGGCAGAUAACUGCAUCUGAGCUGGUCGCAGCAAAUGUUCUUACAGAAAAGGACAUGGAGGCAUUGGCAGAGGGUCGAAACACAGUGGACGAUCUCCUGAAGAAAGACACGGUCCAGCGGUACCUGCAGGGCACCAGCUGCAUCGCGGGCGUGCUGGUGCCGCGCAAGGACGCGGCCGGCGGCCAGGAGAAGAUGAGCAUCUACCAGGCCAUGUGGAAGGGCGUGCUGCGGCCCGGCACCGCCCUGGUGCUGCUGGAGGCGCAGGCCGCCACGGGCUUCGUCAUCGACCCGGUGGCCAACAGGCGGCUGUCGGUGGAGGAGGCCGUGGCCGAGGGCGUGGUGGGCGGCGAGGUGCGGGAGAAGCUGCUGUCCGCCGAGCGCGCCGUCACCGGCUACACGGACCCCUACUCGGGCGAGCAGAUCUCCCUGUUCCAGGCCAUGCAGAAGGACCUCAUCGUCAGGGACCACGGCCUGCGCCUGCUGGAGGCCCAGAUCGCCACGGGCGGCAUCAUCGACCCCGUGCACAGCCACCGCGUGCCCGUGGAGGUGGCCUACCAGCGCGGCUACUUCGACGAGGACCUCAGCCGCGUGCUGGAGGACCCCGGCGACGACACCAAGGGCUUCUUCGACCCCAACACGCACGAGAACCUCACCUACCUGCAGCUGCUGGGGCGCUGCGUGGAGGACCCCGACACAGGGCUCUUAUUUUUAUGUCUUUCAAAUUAUGAAAAGCAGCCUCUAGGGAAAUGCUUUGUGAAGCGUUGUGAAGCGGUGCGGGAGGUGGUGGCAGCUGGAGGGCGGCGGCGGAGCCCGGAGACUCUGCGCAGUGAGCGCAGGGAAGCCCCAGCGGGCGCUCCAGCCCACUGCUGCCGCCGCAGCGCGGGGCCGACUCGGCUCAUUGGUUCCGAGGCCUCCUCUCUGCACCGCCGACCUCGGCCUCGCGAGUCAGGCAGCGGUGUUCUGUGGGUGGAGCUGGGGGCCCGGACCGGGCCUGAUCAGGGCUCCCGGAGGACGGAGGGCUUCAGGGGCGAGGUUGGAGCGGAGCCUUGA